UAAACCCCAUUUCUGAUUCUUCUAAUGGUGGUAUGAUUCAGCUCACUGCUGAGCAGGAAUUGUUUGAUUUCACACUCGAUCGAAUUCAUUUUCCUUUUCAAAUGGCAACUUACGUUCCUUACUCCUUUGCACCUUCUGAUGUCUGGUCUACACGAAAUGGCCAAUCUCCUUUGCACAUUUCUGUUCGGCUACAAUGUUCAUUCAAUUCCCACAUAGUUAACAGCCCGAAUCUUCACCGUGAAGUUUCAUUGAUCAGGGGAAAUGGUAUUGAUGAAGCUUGUUCUAGCUUAAGAAAGGAAGAAUUUUCUAAACAACCCUUUAUUCCAAAUAACUACAAUGAGGCCAAUAUCAAAGUUGUGGGUGAUGGAGGUGGAGGUUCAAAUGCCGUCAAUAGAAUGGUUCAGAGUUCAAUGACAGGCAUUGACUUUUGGAUCGUUAAUACAGAUGUCCAAUCCAUGAGAAUGUCGCCCGUGACUUCUGCAAACCAUCUUCAAAUCGGAAGUGAACUAACGAGAGGGCUCGGUGCUGGUGGUAACCCAGAAAUCGCAAUGAACGCAGCAAAUGAGAGCAGAUCGGUAGUUGAGGAGGCAAUUAAUGGUGCUGAUAUGGUCUUUGUAACUGCCGGAAUGGGCGGAGGAACCGGAACAGGUGCGGCUCCAACUGUGGCCGGAAUUGCGAAAUCGUUGGGAAUUCUAACUGUUGGUAUCGGCACGACUCCAUUCUUGUUUGAGGGACAAAAACAUAGCGUUCAAGCCCAAGAAGGUGUAGCGGCUUUGAGGGAAAACGUGCAUACGUUAAUUGUCAUUCCUAAUGAUAAACUUUUAACUGCUGUUUCGUGUUCUACUACAGUAAUGGAAGCGUUUAAUUUAGCCGAUGAUAUUCUUCGACAAGGAGUCAGAGGCAUAUCUGACAUAAUAACGGUUCCGGGUUUAGUUAAUGUGGAUUUUGCUGAUGUUCGAGCUAUAAUGCAGAACUCGGGUUCAUCUCUAAUGGGAAUGGGAACUGGAACUGGGAAAAGCAGGGCAAGAGAUGCGGCUUUAAAUGCGAUACAAUCGGCAUUGUUGGAAUUUGGUAUAGAAAGAGCGACGGGGAUAGUGUGGAAUAUAAUGGGUGGGAAUGAUUUAAGUCUUUUUGAGGUGAAUGCUGCAGCAGAGGUUAUUUAUGAUCUUGUUGAUCCUAAUGCAAAUUUAAUAUUUGGAGCUGUGAUAGAUCCUUCUCUAACUGGAACUGGUCAAGUCAGUGUAACAAUGGUGGGUACUGGAUUCAAGAGGCAAGAUGAAACUGAAACUGAAAUGCAGGGAGGAGAUGGCAACGGGGUUUUGAGAUUCCUGAUUUCUUAAGAAAGAAAGGCCGGUUUCUUUAUUAACAUUGUUAUUAUUAUUGAAUUCACAACUUUUUGAAAGAUGAUUGUAUGAAUUGUUUAUAUGAACACUAUAAAUUAGAAUUUAGAACACUAUCUAGCUUCUAAAUAGGUUAGGUAUUAUUAUUAUUCUUAUGGAGUUGGGUGGGGGGAGCCAUCAACAGCCAUAAAAGCAGAGCAGCUAAAGAGGGGUCUUAAGAGCCAUUUACAAUGAUCUGGUCUGUCCUUUUCAUG